AUGCCUUACGUCAAACCGACUGUGCACAUCUCUCGCAUCGCAGGCACCGCCCUCAAAUCUUUCACCCACGGAUACGCCCAAACCGUCGUCGCCGCAUCGCAAUCCAGCUAUGCAGCCCAGAACACUUCAGCAGUUCCGCUCGCGGACACCUUGAUCGGACGGUUCCGGAAGAACGAAAAGAGCCGACUUCAAAAUGCAUACACUCAUGUCGAGGGUUCGCGGCUGGCCAGUUCGACGGCUGGACCAUCGACUGGUCGCGCCGAUGCGAGCCACCCGGAUUCUGGUCUAGAUAAGUACUUUGAUGCGUGGCAGAAGCAUCAGCGGGCUGGUACAAAGGAAUGGAAGCAAUUCGAAUUUGCACGGAGACUCGAAUGGCAGCCUCCGACGACAGUACCCGUUUCGGGUCAAGAAGUGGUGGAAGCGGAGGACUUCGAGGCGCAGCAGGAGACGGAUGUGUUGGAGGCUCCUGGCAUGAAGCGAUCGUACACGACUAGCGCCUUGGACAAUUUCGAAAAGGCAUUCGUCAAUGAUGAGGCUGCAGAAGCGAUCGCCUUGGAGCAGGUGAACAAUGCUAUUGCGGAGGAGGUUCAGCGAUCAAAGGAGGAUACCGAGGAUGUCCUGACCAUCAGAGCCGCGUCGCCUGUCGUCCAGAAUCUUGAAGAGUUGGACAGCAACCCAUACACUCAGGAGCUUCUUCAGCUUGCUGAGAAGAAGCAGUACGCGGAGAUUCCAGCCGCGUUCCAGAGCAUGCUCCGUCAUGGCGUACAGAAGCCUUCUCCUGCAGCUUAUCGCGUGCUUCUCAGCUCGGCCAUUGAGCUCGCGCAAGGAAAGCAUCUCAAGGCACCGAGGGCUCUGGAGGUGUACUCUGAUAUGCUUCGGAGGAGAGUUGUACCAGAUGUUGCAACCUACGGCAUGCUCAUUGGACUUUUGUCGACUCGUGCUUCGGAAACAUUGGCUAUGAGGCGAUCUCUGGAUGAACGCCUCGUGCGAUACGGUGGUCUCGAACAAUCUGGCAGCUUCAUGUUCCGUUCUACGUCAACCGAAUACACGAUGUUGGUCGAGGACAGCUCUCUCACAAUCGCACUCAAGAUAUUCGAGAGGGCUACCAAAGCCAGCUCUGAUGCACUUCCAAUCGAUGCAUGCGCUCAGCUCGUCAUCGCCAGUGCCGAGCAAGGACGUGUGGAGGACAUGACCCGUGUAUACCAGUACAUGGAGUCGAAUUCCAAGCUGCAGUCUUCCUCCAUCUACCCGCCUAUGAUUGCCGCUUUCGGUGGAAUGGGCGACCUCCGCAACGCUGUCGAAGUGUACGAUGAGUACAAGGAGCUCGCGAUUGCCAACAAUGCUGGCAAGAACACGAUCAUCCGGAUGGACAAUCAAAUCUACGCCGCACUCGUCAAAGCUUAUGGAAGUGCCGAUCGUCUUAAGGGCGGUCUGAAGUUCUUGGCUAGCGUUCAGUCUGAAGUUAAGGAUCCCAGAGAGCUUGAGGAAUUGCGUGAAGUGGUUGCGCUGGAGGCUCUUCUCCCGCUGGCACUUCAGGAUGCGACUUUCCGAGACGCCAUGGAGCUGGCAGGAUCACUCACAGGCCGAGCCUUGACGUCUGUUCUUUCAAAGAUUGUCUCCACAUCAGCGGACAAGAACUUGCCAGAAAUCAGUCUGCAGGCGUUUGACACUCUGGCGAAACACACGCAGGAUCUUGCCGAGCCAAGCAUGGCUGUCCUCGCAAUGCAUGUCCGCAAUGCCAACGUCGAAGCGGCCGAGCCUUUCUGGAGAAUACUGGAGUCUGCACCACUGAAUCUCACCUUUGUCGAACCAACGACCAUGCGCACUGUCGCUUUGAUCGGAAUCGGCCAGGCUGAGCGUGGUCUAAGACAGAGCCGUCGCAUGUUCUCUCGCAUCCGGGAAUCGCAACCCGAAAGCCAGCAAGUCGAGACUGUCGACCACAUUGACGAAGCGAUUGAACUUAUUGGCAACUUCAUGCUCAAGAGUCAAGCAAUGCUCCCUGAAGCCAGCGUGGAGCUUUUGCGCAUGAUGGCGGAGAAUGGAGGACUUCUUGCACCAAUCUCCGAACACAUUGUGGCGCGCUUCAACCCGGAGACCAUUGCUCGGCUCAACCCAGCUGAUCUUGAGCUCCUCCUGCGAGUUCAGUCUGGCAUGAUUCUUGACGAGCUCUCCGGUGACAUUGCCGGACCAGCUCGUUUCGGCUGCCUGCUUGAGAAUGUUGUGUCCCGUGCGUUGAUGCCUUCGUCCGAGACAGAGACUCUGAUCGAGAGGACGUUGAUCAACAUUGACCGCGCCGAGCUCUCUCGUCUUUGGAACAACUACCGCUACCCAUCGACACCGGCACUGUUCAACCCUUCGACGUACAGCCCCGUGGUGCCCUUCCAAGCUCCAGCAGCUCCAGCACCAUUCGAAGACACCUACGACCCGUACUCCAACCGCACUGAUGUAAAGGGAUCUAACAUCAUCAAUGAGCUUCUCGAGAGACCCAACGGACGCCGCACGAGCGAGGCUUUGACCAAGUUCCGCAAUAUGCGCCGCGUGGGAAGAGUCCCUCGCAUGUUCACCUACGGCAAGCUCAUCGAGUCGGCAGCGAAGGAGAACAACCUCAACCUGGCCCAUGACAUUCUGGAAAUGGCCAAGCAAGACGUUCCGUUCGACGCCCGCUAUCGUGUUGUCCGCUUCGGCUGGCAGCAGAUCCUCGACCACAUGGUCGCUGGAUGCCUCAGUGUAGGUCGCCGCGAUCUUGCCAGCAGGUAUCACCAGGACAUGAUUGACAUGGGUUUUGCACCUUCGGCCAACACUUUCGGACUCUACAUCACGACCCUCAAGGAGAACACCAAGACCUUUGACGAGGCAUCGGAGGCAGUGAAGAUCUUCCUCCGUGCCAAGGCUGAAGGUGUCGAGCCUUCAUCAUUUUUGUACAAUGCUCUCAUUGGCAAGCUCGGCAAGGCUCGUCGUAUUGAUGACUGUCUCUUCUACUUUGCGGAGAUGCGCAACCUUGGCGUUCGUCCAACAUCGGUUACGUACGGGACUGUUGUCAAUGCUCUCUGCCGCGUGUCCGACGACAAGUUCGCGGAGGAGAUCUUCGAGGAGAUGGAGGCUUGCACCAACUACAAGCCUCGCCCGGCACCCUACCACUCUUUGAUGCAAUUCUUCUUGAGCACCAAGCGUGACCGCGGCAAGGUCCUGGCCUACUACGAGCGUAUGCGCAGCAAGGGCAUCGAACCGACAGUGCACACCUACAAGCUUCUCAUCGACACCCACGCGACGCUGGAGCCGAUCAACAUGCCCGCUGCUGAAGCUGUGCUCGAAGACAUGCGCGCAAGCAACAUCCAGCCCGACGCCGUACACUACUCUUCUCUCAUCCACGCCAAGGGUUGUGUCCUGCACGAUAUGGAGGCCGCACAGACUCUCUUCGAUACCGUCAUCGCCGAGGGCAAAGUCCGCCCACAGCCCUGCCUAUACCAAGCCAUGUUCGAGAGCUUCAACGCCAACCACCUCUCCGCCGAGUGCGAGCCUCUACUUCAGGACAUGACAGCCCGCAACGUCGAAUUCACACCGUACAUCGCCAACGCUCUCAUCCACGGCUGGACUCUCGAGAAGAACGUGACCAAAGCCAAGGAGGCUUUCGAUCGCGUUCCCAUCUCUCGCCGCGAGCCCAGCACGUACGAGGCCAUGGUUCGCGCAUUCCUCGCUGCUGAAGACCGCGAUUCGGCAAAGCGUGUCGUUCGCGAGGCCCUGGGUCGUGGAUACCCAAGUGCUGUCGCUGGCAAGAUUGCUGAGCUGGUGCGGUGAUUUUUGCAAUUUUUCUCGUGUGUGGGAAUGAAUUUAUUGCAUGGUUAGCGAGGAGUUUUGGCGCAAGAAGUAACAGGACACAUCGAUCGCUGCCUGCCUGUGAUUGAGCAGAUACCCCCACCCUUAGACGAGCUACACUCCACUCUGCUGGAUCCGAGAUUCCUUUUUUUUUUGUUUUUGCCAUAUAAUGAGGAUGGGAGAAAGGAUUUGGGAUCUAGAGUUUCUCUUGGAAUGAAAAGGCAAGGUAAU